UCGGUCUCUCCUCCCUCCUCCUCCUCCUCCAACCAGUCAGCCCACUGUCUCAGAUCGAUCGAUCUCUCCUCCUCCUCUUCCUCCGCCUACAACCACUCAGCCACCGUCUUCUCCGAUGAGACCAGACCACACAGCCGAUACAUUUACUUUGUUUUGUUCAACUCUAUUAGCUGUGGUUGGGGUUUCAAACCAGACCACUCUCUUUAUCUGCUACGUUCUCAUCUUCAGAAAG